UCAUUUUCAUUUACAAACUGUACGAGGGGGGAGAGUGACGUUUAGUUUCGUUUGUGUUUAGUUUUGUUUUUUUCAAAAGUGUGAAAUUGUAGAAAGUAUUAUCCAUUGUGAGUUUCCUGAUAAGACAAUAACAAAUCAAAAUCGGUUAUAAAUUGAAUAAAUAUAACAUAUGAAGUUCUGUAUUACGACAUUUACGCGCCAAAAAGUGAUAAAAUUUAUAAUUGUUAUUGUUUUUACCAUAUUAUAUUGUGCACUAUGAAAGUAAGAUACGUAAUAUUAUUACAAUCUAUAAAGACACGUUAGGUGAUCGGGUAGAUUUUGAAUCGAUGUUGAGGCAAAAUAUAGCCCACCCUCCUAAACCGGCUAAAGUGGGGUCCCCCGCCCUCCGUAGGAGAAGUAAGGGUAGACAAAGGGUAGUCACCCCUAUUCGGAGGGGAGCUCGAGCCUUGGGCGACCGCCGUUGGUAGGGGAAGGGAUUACUAUUUCAAGUUCUUUUUUUUACUUUCUAACGGGUCGUGCAAGUGUGGGAAACUUUAGUUGUGACUUACUUCGUUCGUUUUUCUUAGUGCUAUAUUAAGUAAAGGAAGUUUGUUUUCUCAUGGAAAAUCGUAUUGAAAUUACAGAUUCAAACUCUAUGGAGUUGAUGGUGAAAAAACAUUUAUUAUCAAAGAGCAAGCUAGCGACCAUACAACACAGAGACGAAGGGACUCAAUUUACAUGUGUAGAGUGUUCGGCUCAGUAUGAUGACAAGGAAAAAUUAGAAUUGCAUCUGUUUUCACAUUACCAUACAUACAGGUUCUUGUGUGGAGUCUGUGGAACUGGACUCAAACGCAAGGAACAUUUAGAUAGACACAUGCAGGAACACACAGAGUACAGACCGCAUGUCUGUCCCGAGUGCGGGAAGGGAUUCAAGCGUAAAGAACAUCUUAAUAUACACAGCUCAAUUCACAAAGGAAACAAAAACUUAGCAUGCUCUCUUUGCCAUAAAACAUUUUACCGUAAGGACCAUCUCCAAAAGCAUUUACAGACACAUAAUAAACACUUUAUGGAGGUUAAUAUUAACCCAGUCAGUGAACAGGAAUUGGAUAUUAAACAGGAGCCAGAGGAGUAUGAUGAACUCCAACCGAUCAUUACAAGUGUAACUGGCAACGCACACAGUGAAUCGUCUAUGGAGAUGGACGAUACAAGUGAAUCAACAGACCAGGCCAGCAACAAUUCUAUAGGGCCUAUGAUAUUCGAUAGCACGAGGCCCUUCAUGUGCCCAGACUGUGGGAAGAGUUACAAGAGGAAGGACCAUCUCAAGAUACACAGCUGGACUCAUAAGAAAAAGGAGGUUCUAUGCGGUCAGUGCGGGAAAGCAUUUCACACGGCUGAUCAGAUGUUGGUUCACGUUAACUUGGUCCACCUCCGAGCCCAUGAAGCCAAUAACGAAGGUGUGAUGCAGCUACGGGCGCUCCUGGGGGACCAGAUAGACAUCGAAGUGCUCAAUGAGGCUCCCUCCCUACUCGUACCGAGGAAGAAACCAUCUCCAGAGAACCGCCCUCACGAGUGUCCUGUUUGUCACCGCAAGUUUAAGAGAAAACAGCAUCUUAAAAUACACGCCAAUGUUCAUCUCAAGCAGACGACGGCGGCGAAUACCGUCUGGUGUUCGCUUUGUAAUGAAGGUUUCUCCGAUAACGCGCUGUUCGAAAGCCAUAGUUGCCAGUGGUCGGGCCAAGACUACGCAGAGAACGGCGAAUACGAGCAGGCGCAGUUCAGCUCGCCGCACGACACUAAGAAAGAAAACAACCCGAUCGAAUUCGUUGAGGUAGUGGUUAAUGAAACAAAUGACCUCCAAGAGGAGGCGAACAUCCCGAUUCCGCGACGCGUGUUCGUCUGCAAGUUCUGCUCCAAGCCCUUCAAGAGGAAAGACCACUACAAGAUACACCUCCACAUACACACCGGCAUCAAGUCCUUCUUCUGUCCCGACUGUGGAAAGGGUUUUUAUAGAAAGGAUCACCUCCAGAAACACAUGAUCGUACACGCCAAGUUCAAAACGAAACCGCGACCCAAGAAGGAGAUCCCUGACCUGUUCCCUAUCGACAUGUUAGCGAAGAAGGACGUUAAACCCGAGAUCACUAUACAUGCUCCGUCUAACACAAAGCUGCGUGUACCGCUGCAGAUCAAGGUGCCGUACCAGAUGGUGGUGUCGCUGGACAACGGCGAGCGACGCGCCGUCACCGUCGACCCGCAGGCCGACGCCUAGCGGCAGCUCUACGGCGCCACUGUACCAUUGACUACCAUCGGAACGAGCCCUUGAGAGAAGACAUUACUGUCUUUUGCUGUAGUCUCUUGUCGUCCAUAAUAUAGAACAUUUUGACCCAGGCCGAGAUACGUAAUGCCUAAAUGAAGAUGACUUCGAAUCUUAAUACAAUAUAGCAUAAUGAUGUGAUUUUUUAUUAGUUUUUAUAUAUAUUUCAUUUAUUAUUACUAGAAGAAUUUAGACAGAAGUAUAGGUCUCUCAGUAAUUCCACAUUCGAGAAUACCAAAAACUUUCUGGUGGAAAAAUCCACUCGUAGGCAUAGUGAAAUGACUUGCCCAGCAACGAGUAGUUAGUUACGCUUAUGACUAUUACAAACUUAACUUUGUCUAAUUACAUUUUAAUAACGUUUAAAUUGUAAUGGUCGUUAGUACAACACAAAUCUUGUAACACUGCGUGAGUAUUGUUCGAAGUAUGAAUGGUAAAUUAUUCUGACCCAAAAUAGUAA